CUAAUACAUUGGCCAAGCUGGCACGCGGCCGCGCUGCACCAGCCCACCCCCGCCCCGCCCGUAGCAAUGCAGCACCCGUUCGCGCGCCUCGUGCCCAACGCCUGCCCCGCGCUCCCACCGAUCCACGCCGGAGCCGCUUGCCGGAUCUACCCGUCCGUACACCGGCCCGCGGCGCUCCGCCGGGAUCCGCUCGCCUACGCGCCCGGCCAGCGCGCGUGCCGCCCCUUUGCUGUGUCCGCCCAAUCCGUCAGCGUCCACGCCGGUUUGAGGCUGGAGGAUAAGUUUUUCCAAGUGGAGAUGAAAGUGCGCGACUAUGAACUCGACCAGUACGGUGUUGUCAACAAUGCAGUCUACGCUAGCUACUGCCAACAUGGUCAUCAUGAGCUACUUGAGAGUGUAGGCAUCAGUGCAGAUGCAGUAGCGCGCAGUGGCGAGUCACUAGCCCUCUCUGAGCUGCACCUCAAGUACUUUGCGCCUUUGAGGAGCGGCUAUAAGUUUGUGGUUAAGGUGAGGCUUGCAAGCAUCAAAGGUGUAAGGAUGAUAUUCGAACACUCCAUUGAGAAGCUGCCUAAUCAUGAGAAAAUUUUGGAGGCGAAGGCAACGGCUGUUUGUCUGAACAAAGACUACCGUCCUAUCCGCGUACCUCCCGAAUUAUUAUCCAAGUUGCAGCUCUUCUUAUCCGAGGACAGCAGAGGGUUAAGCAACGAUAUUAAUAAUCGCAAUAACAGCUGCAGCUAAUUUUGGUGGCAAAGAUCACGGCUGUUAUUCUGAACAAAGACUACCAUCCUGUCACCAGAAUUGUUAUCGAAGCUUCAGGUCUUCUCAUCAGAGGACAACAGGGAUUAAGUGACUGCGUUAAUAAUCGCAAUAACAGUUGCUCAGUGCCUUUCUGAUCGCAGCACUGGCAUAGAAGAACUACGGCUCAUCUGUAUUGUACUAAAGUGUAUAAUU